AUGUUGCUGGCGUCUUGUGUCGUGUCAUGUUGUGUAGUGUGCGGUGAGGGGCGGUUUGGACGGAGCUGUAAGGAACGCUGUGAAGACGGACAGUGUCGAGCUUUGAUCUUCUGUCUCAGAGAUCCUUAUGGCUGUUCAUGUGCAUCUGGAUGGAGAGGAUUUAACUGCAGCGAAGCAUGUCCUGCUGGUUAUUACGGUGCAGGCUGUAAACAGGAGUGCAAGUGUGAAGUGGAAGGGAAAUGCGAUCGCUUCCAAGGAUGUGUGUGUGCAGGCAAACAUGGUGCUCGCUGUGAGAAAACAGACAUGAGACCUGUUAUCACGAGCAGCCUGAGAGACACUGAGAUCAACACCGGCGUGGAGUACAGAGUCAACUGCUCUGCCGCGGGACGCCCGGCCCCUUUACAUGGUGAAAUAAGCCUGGUAAAAGCAGACAAAAGCACUCUAUAUGCUGUGGACACACAGACGGAAAAUGAUUGGACAACAUCCAUGUUCAGGGUGGAAAAGAUGUCGGCGUCUGAUGCCGGUCGCUGGUCAUGUCACGUGAAAACCCAACAUUUUCAUGAGGAGAAAGAAUUCCUGGUAAACAUCAAAGUUCCACCCCAACCACACAACCCUCCAAUCCUGAACGGCAGCGGUCCGUAUCACCUGCUUGUUCUGCCAAAUAAAGACGCCUACACAGGUGAUGGACCGCUAACUUCUGUCAGAGUUUUCUACAAACAAACCAACGCAUCCGUAUGGAAGAACCUUGAGGUGAGCGGCUCUCUGGUAAGGUUGGACAAUCUUUCUCCAAUGACUCACUACACUGUGUACGUGCAGCUUAGUCGGCGUGGAGCGGGUGGAAGCGGUCAAUCUGGACCUGCAGCGUAUUUCUCAACGCAGAUGCUCGAGCUGCCUGUGGGUGUGAAACUAACGCCCAUCAGCCAGAUGUCACUGCUCCUGUCGUGGGACUCGGCUCAAGCUGAAGGCGAAUGGUGUUAUGAGGUGGAAUGUCAGCAAGCUGAUGCUUCACAAACCGUGUGGAACUUCCAGCUCUCCUCAAACUCCUCUAGCCUCCCUCUGACCCAACUCAAACCCAGACACAAAUACCAGUGUAAGGUCCGAAUGAGCACCAGCGACACCGGGCAGCCGUGUCCUACCGUCACUGCCUGGACGCUGAGCGACCAGCUUCCUCCACCCCCGACCAACAUCUCCACCUGCAACAUUAGCGACACGUCAGCCAUCGUCACGUGGUUGCUGGUUGAGGGUCACUCCAUCUCCAGGGUGUUCAUUGGUUACCAGCAGACGGAGCAGUCGGACUACAGUCAGCAGGCGGAGCUGGGCGUGCAGGUGGAGCAGACGGCCAUGCGCUUUCAGCUGAGGGGCUUGAGAAGCGACAGCACUUACCAGCUGGAGCUCUGGACCGUAAACAACAUUGGAGAGAGUGCAGAGAGACCCCAGUUAACCCUCAAGACCCUGACGCCGCAAGAGAGCUCACAGCUGUAUGGCUUUGGAGCUCAUGGGAAGAUGCUUUUCUAUGCUAUACUGGGUUCUGCUGCUAUGACCUGCAUCACAGUACUGUUGGCCUUCUGUAUCGUACUGCAACUCAAGAGAACAACGUACCAGAGACGCAUGAUGCAGGCCUUUCACAACAUAGUGAGAGAAGAGCCGGUGGUUCAGUUCAGUUCCGGCUCUCUGAACAUGCAGAAGAAAGCACAGAACCCCACCCACUCUGUGGCCUAUCCCACCCUGGAGUGGAGCGAUAUAAAGUUCCAGGAUGUGAUCGGAGAGGGCAACUUUGGUCAGGUGUUGAAAGCUCGCAUUAAGAAAGACGGCCUGAGGAUGGACGCUGCGAUCAAGAGAAUGAAAGAAUACGCGUCUAAGGAUGACCAUCGAGACUUCGCCGGGGAGCUCGAGGUCUUGUGUAAACUAGGUCAUCAUCCAAACAUCAUCAACCUUCUGGGAGCAUGUGAACACAGAGGUUAUCUCUAUCUGGCCAUUGAAUUCGCUCCUCACGGAAACCUGCUGGACUUUCUGCGUAAGAGCAGAGUUUUGGAGACCGAUCCCGCCUUCGCCAUCGCCAACAGCACUGCGUCCACACUCUCCUCGCAGCAGUUACUGCACUUCGCUGCAGACGUGGCCCGUGGCAUGGACUAUCUGAGCCAGAAACAGUUUAUUCACCGAGAUUUGGCAGCCAGAAACAUCCUGGUAGGAGAAAACUUUGUGGCAAAGAUUGCAGAUUUCGGCCUGUCCCGAGGACAAGAGGUUUAUGUAAAGAAGACCAUGGGUCGUCUGCCGGUCAGGUGGAUGGCCAUCGAGUCCUUAAACUACAGCGUGUACACGACCAACAGUGACGUAUGGUCGUAUGGUGUGUUGCUGUGGGAGGUGGUGAGUUUAGGUGGCACGCCGUACUGCGGUAUGACAUGCGCGGAGCUCUAUGAAAAACUACCACAAGGCUACCGGCUGGAGAAACCACUCAACUGUGACGACGAGGUGUAUGAGCUGAUGAAACAGUGCUGGAAAGAGAAGCCAUAUGAAAGACCCUCAUUUGCUCAGAUCUUGAUGUCACUUAAUUGUAUGCUGGAAGAGAGAAAGACGUACGUCAACACAACCCUCUACGAGAAAUUCACGUACGCGGGCAUCGACUGCUCUGCAGAAGAAGCUGGCUGAUGUUCCUGAUGUUACCGCAGUCCGUAUAUAUGUGUUGAUCAAUGGAGCGCUUUAUGUGAUCCUCUGAACAGGAUUCAGUUUUACACACAUUGUGUAUUCCAGGUAUCAGAUUUGUGUUUGGUUCUGUGUGUGUUGUGAAAUGUGUGCUAGUGCAGAUGAUUGUAUGAUGUUUGUGUGACUGGCAGUAUUACGCUUGUUUUUAAUUAAAAAAAAUAAGUUGUUGGAUCCUGAGACUCAUGCUGAAAAGGUAAAAGUGUUGUGAAAAAUAUGGAAAAAAUAUUAGUUUUACAGAUGGGAAUGUCUUUGAUUCUAAAAGUGCACAACAUUUACAUCCCUUUGGUAUUCAUGCACUUAAAGGUCUAGCGUGGGAUUUAUAGCGGCCACUAGCGGUGAGUUUGAGAACUACAACCAAUCUCUCAGUCCAAACACGACUGUGGCCACCACAGUACAAAAAGAUGUUGUCGGCUGAGACAGCGUGUCUUCUCAUGUUGACGCAGGGAAAAGAUCAUGUGGGCAUUAGAAAGAGCGAUGUCUUAUUUAUUACAUAAAAUAAAGGGUCUGUGGAUUUAAAGUAUAAAAAGAAGGAUAAAAGUCAGGCAGGAGCUAGGACCUGCGUUAAUAUUAUAAAGACUGUCCAGCAGAGACGCGGACCCGUGGUAGGCUACUAAGGCUUUUAGCGGAGAUAUUCAUAGAUACCUAUGGAGAUACUUUCCAGCACAGAGACGUUGGAGAGAAAGAUCGUCUUAAAAUCACCCCCGAUGAUGCUUUGAUUCGGAUCAGUAUGUGAGUAACGUUGGUUUUUCUGUUUGUUAGAACCAAGAUAUGUUGUUGUUGUUGUUGUAAUAUUAGCUGUGUAACGGAGCAGUUUUGAGUGUCAUUGUUUAUCUGGAACCAGUGUGCUGCUUGUAUAUACUCAUGUCAUCUUCGCUUAUUUUAUUAAUUUGCAUUAUUAUUUGCGUGGUCUAAGCUAUGAUGAAGCUAAGCAUUGCACAGCACGUUUGAGGGCAGAGCUAGCUAACAGUAAAUAGCAACGCUGUUAAAGGCGUUUGAUCUGACAGCAAGAUAGUAGUUAGGAGUAAGUUAGUAGACAUUUUCCCCCUUUGCAAAGUCAGGGACAACCGGACCAAAGGGUUGAGAGAGAGGAAACGCGCGUUGUAGAGUUGUUUGUCCGUUUAGGGCUGCUGUACAAAACAUGGCGGCGAAUUCAAUGUAUGUAGGCCCGCUCUGUAUGUAGAUAGAAAUAGUUUAUUCUAAGGUAAUAAAAACAUAACUGUUCAUUACAUAAGGUCUUUAUACACCUCUGAAGACAUCGUUUUGUAUGUUAUAUUGCAUUUCUGUCAAUAGAUCAUCAAAAAAAUCCCAUACUGCUAUUUUAACAGGCUGGUCAGAUUGAAAUGCAAAUUCAAUGUAACUGUAAAUCAGCGACCUUUUCUAGAUGCACACAUUCACAUUACCAUCGUCAAAUAUUUAACAUUAAAUAAUUGCAAACAUUUUUUGUAUUAAAUACUUUUUGCGGUGAUUGCAACAGCAACUUAGCAAUAAUAAUAAUAAUAAUAGUGCUUGAUUAUGACACAGUGCACUCGCUUUGUACGUUGUGAAAUUUAGUUUAACAUUCACAAGACAAUACAUUCACAAAAGUCUUGUGGUCAUUUUACCUGUGUUAGUUUUUCUACAUCCACAAACAUACGAAACAUGUUAGAACAAUCCGAUUGUCUCUGAUACAGCCCUCUUCUGCACUUUCUAUGACUGGUUCUGCAUGAUCCUGAAAUCUUCCCCUCACGGCAACGGUUCUUCGUCUGCCAUCUCUCUCUGAGCCAUGAUGACACAAACCUCAUAGACGCGGAACGCAGCGAAGGCUGUGGCCAGCAAACAAGCGGCACCCAGAAUGUACCACCAGUUAAAGAGACUGAAUGAAACUCCUUUCACGAUGCAGUAGAGGCCAAAACACACCAGGGCAACAGCAGACAAAAUCUGGACGCACAACGGCGGCCCGGACGACGCUGACUUUUCCCCCAUGUUCACCAGAGCUCACACACGGCUCAAAGACAGAAAAUCACAGUGACCCAAUCGGACAGUUGAAAAACAUUUGAGCAGCAGAAUAGAAGCACGUUUGCAUCAUGACGACUAAAGACAAACGCAAUCUGAAGUGAACGGUAAGAAGGAGCUUGACACCAGCAAUGAGAGAUCCGAAGGUUAUAUACACGUUUAAGAUUACAAAUCUAAGAUUAAAGAAAGCAAAAACAUCCCUCCAAAUUCUUAUGGAUAAUCCGGAUCAGAGAAAGCCCGAUAUCUCACAUGGCAUUAAAAGAUGCAUUGAAGAAACUCACGGUACAUUACAGGUGUCAUGUAAUUAAAGUAAGUGCAACUGAUAAAGAGCUUAAAGGCUGCUGAAGGGUCGAGAUCGACUAGAAAGAAACUUCUUAGAACAAACAGGGUCUCAGAAUUUCACUCCACAUUUUCUUCUUGUAACUAAAAAUAUUUAGGGAUGCACCGAAACGAAAAUUCUUGGCCGAAGCCGAACAUGAUGUGAAACACUUGGCCGAAGGCCGAAUAAUACCGAACACCGAACAUGGUUUUUUGCAUUUCUUUUAUUUAUUAAGCCAUUUUUUUCACUAUUGCACAAACUGAAUAGUCAAAAUGUGCUUUUUAUAAUUUGUCUUGCUUUUCAAUAAAAUACAAUACAACUUAAUAUAAAAUUGAGCAAAACAAAGUAAAUUCAAACAAAAGAUUGAGCCCUCUCCCUUCAUGAAUAGCCUAUAUUAAUUAGUCCUAUAACUGACUGCUAAAAGAAUGUGAUGUAAGUUACUCUGUACCCCUACAACAAAACACUUCAUUAAAAACUGUCAUUCCACAUUAGGCUAUAAGCUAAAAUACGAAUAAACUAAAACUGUUGGAUUAUGAUAGGCUACAUUGCAAAAUGAUUUGAGAAAAAAAAACAUCCAAUGCAAGCAAUUCUGACUGAUGCUGACUGACAACCAUCACAAAAGCUGACCGUUCUCUCAGGUGCACAGAACAUACUUUGAGAAGUUGUUUAGUACAGGGAACUGUGUGCACGCGACCACUGUAUGAUGUCAAAGGAUGUCGCGAGCGGCGGGGCUACUGUCAGACAGCCCGCUCCCGUCUGAAGUAAAGUUACCGACCGGUAAAGACGCUUUCAUUCAGAAAUUUACUUCCGUGCGGCAAGUCCCGUGCUGUGUCUUUCUCUGACACUUUACAGUUUUUUUCAACUGCUUACACACAAAAUGUUUACUUGUCACACAAUUUCUGAAACCUGACACUCAAACACCAGAACCACACACCAAAUCGGCAAAACCAUACACUAAUUCUCGACCUUUGACUCAGUUUUCAGUUUCAUAAAACACUUUUUGCCAAUCACAACACACACUUCUCUAUGUAACACACAAAAAUCUUACAGGAAGUAUAUUGAUUUCCUUCUUCAAACACAACCAAUCAAAAUGCCACACUAAUUCCUCAGCGCCUCACACUAACUCCUCACAUGUGCAAACACACAUUGCUUUACUUAACACCAACCAAUCAUGACUUUAGAAGAGGCCUAUAAAUAGGCCAAGGGUCAAGUUAUAGGUUUUGAACAAUGGAUGCAAACAAUGUAUACAGAGUAAGGGGAGUUGGAGGGAGGGCCAGAGGACGAGGCAGAGUUCGAAUUAGAGGACGAGUCGGGAGAAGACGAGGAAGACGAGGUACAAGAAGUGUGGUCUGGAAUGAGAUCAGGGCUACAGUCAUUGAUCAUGUGAUAAACCACGGUUUACUGUAACAACAAGAGAGGCUGUACAGAGAGUCCAGCCCAAUUUGAGUCGAUUUACAAUGGCAGGUAUAAUUCGAACCUUUAGAAAUGAGAACAGGUAUGUAACAAUCUACUGUUAUGUACACAUGAUCUAAUGUACACAAACAGUAGGCUAUAAUACAUAUACAGUGUUUUACAGUAGUACCCUUGCAUUCAUUUACUACGGUGCACUGCAUUGGUCACAGUCUGGUGAGGUAUCACUAGGGCUGUAGUCAAGUCCACCGUUGUCGAGUCCAAGACAAGUCCAAGACCAGGACUAGUCGAGACCGAGUCAAGUCCGAGUCCAAAGAGGUUCGAGUC